AAUCCAAACAGUUCUUCCGGUAAUCCAAAUAGUUCUUCCGGUAAUUCCAAUGAUCCUUCCUUGGAACAACAAGAAGAGCUCCUCCAAGAUCCUAACAAAUCAACAAAACAAAGGAAACCACAGACUGAAGAACAAUACUUACACCAAGUCUCAUUAUGGAAUGAAUCGGGGCCCACUAUAAAUGAUGAUGACUGGUUAUUCACCAAUCUAGAUCAAUUAGAUCCUAGCAAGAAAAUAGACCGAGUUAAGAUAUUACAUGCUUGCGAGCGAGCUUACUAUCAACGUGAUUGGGAGAAAUGUUUGGAGUUAGUUAAGAUUGGCGAGAAGAUAUUUAAUGUUGAUUUAGAUGAGUAUCAUGAUUAUCAACUUAAUCAGGGCAAAAGGAAAUCAGCUAAUUUAGAAAGACAUGUUAUUGAUUUGUAUAAUAUAAAACAAAGAUGCUUACUGAAAAUGAAUAGUUAAUCGAGAAAUUAUUGUGCUAUAUAAUUUCAACUCUCGAACUAUUCACCUUCAGUUGCCUUCCUAGAUAAAAAAAAAAGCAACAAGAUAAUAUAUAAGCAGAGACCAGGGCUAUAAAAUUGACCAUCAACAUACAAAGAGACACGAGAGAAGCUCAAUUACAAUUCAUAAUAAUACAUGGAGAAUUUAUAGAUAAUAAAUAACGAAAAAUGUCCCAUUAUGGGAUCUAUUGACCCGGAGAUAGAAUGUAUGCCAAUUCUGCUGCCAAAAAACAGCCAAGCCCAAUCAAUUGUUAAAGUUUGCAAAUGUUCAAUUUGACUUUUUGAUUACCUCUAUCGUAUAGACUUAAUAAUCGGAUAUCCUUUGUUGAGCUGUUACGAGGACUAAUACUUCACAUGAAAGAUUUCAAUUAAAUGAAAACUCUGGAUGUUUCCCCUCCCCAAGAGAACUCUAGAUGUUGUUCUACUUUUAUCUAAAAACCAGAUCAAUAAUUCAUUCCUUCUUUAACCAGAUUUUCAAUUCAACAGAACUUACUAAUCUCUUUUUAUACACCGAUUCAUCUUCAUCUUGUUGGAAUUCGUCGAGAACUUCAACGGUUCCAGUAUGUAUAUCAACGUUGUACCUUUCUUGGAAAUACAAGCCAACACUCAAAGUUUUUUCAAUAGAUUUACCCAUACCUUUAACUGUGAUGUAUGAGACUUGCUUAUAUUGACUAUAUUUCUUUACUCCAGUUGAAUGUUCAAACUUGGAUAAUUGCUUGGAGAUCUUUUUAAUUGCAGACACAUACGGAGUUUGUGAUUUGAUUAGAAAUGUCAGAAUUUGUUCCGUUUGGGUUCGUGGUUUUAUAUUUGCAGUAUGUUUUAUAUGUUUUCCUUGUAUUCGUUUGGUCAUGGUACGCUGUUGAACUUUAGCACUGUAACAAUGGUUUGGGCGAUGAACCUCAAAAAAAUUGCAGGCGAAUUUCGCGGUGGGAAAAUUCCAACUUUCGUGGUAGAAAUCUAGUCAACCAAGUAAAUUUACAGUCGAACCACGUUUAACUACCAUUCUUGAUUUAACACAUGCUAAUGACAAAACGGAAAUUUGAAGAGGAUGAGUAUUUCAUCUUCUCCACUCCACCAACAUCUUCAGCAUCAGCAUCAGCAACACCACCACCACCCAGCACUAAACGCGUCCAAACCAGUCGAAUCCACAGUGAAGCACAUAUACGAACAAUUCAAAUGAUGAUGCAAGCACAAUUAGAAUUACAAAAACACGAAAAGAAACAAGAUCAUCAAGAGCUAAUCAUGGAUGAAGACGCAGCAGACGAGAAAUCAACCUUUGUCCAACGUCCUU